UAUCGUCGUGUUUGAUACGUCUUAUUGCGCGUCUUCGGCAACCCGGAAUAACCUGUUGAACGCAGUUUCUUAUUCGCGUAAACACUUCCAGUGAAGUGAUUUAUUCUUGUUGCUUGAAUUUGAAAAGGGGAAAAAAGAAAGGGGAAAAAAAAAAAAGAGAGAAAGAAAAGAAAAGAAAAGAAAAGAAAAGAAAAGAAAAGAAAAAAGAAAAAGGAAAGAAGAAAAAUUACAAGAUGGGUUGCGGUUUGGGAUUAAUAAAAUAUCUUCUCUUUAUAUUUAACUUCAUAUUCUCGUUAUGCGGCCUAGCUAUUCUUGUAGUCGGUAUUCUCAUGCAAAUAAACUUUAAUCAUUACAAAGAAGCUAUUGAAAAUAAUGUGACUGUCCCUUCGUUGACAUUCAUCGUCGUUGGUAGCAUCAUUUUUGUCAUCGCAUUCUUCGGAUGUUGCGGUGCGAUACGUGAGAGCCAUUGCAUGACGAUAACUUUUGCAUCAUUCCUGUUAACGAUAUUUAUAGUACAAGUUGCUAUAGCAAUAUAUGCGUUCGUAGUCUUCAGGGAAUCUAAUAUCAAUGUUAAGACUACCUACACGGAAGUAUUCAAACAUUAUUGGGAUUCUCCUACGCAACAAGAGAUUGUAGACAUUGUUCAGAGUAAUUUGGAAUGUUGUGGCAUCAAUUCGCCCAAUGACUUCAAUUAUUUCAGUAAUAAGACUAUACCUUGGAGUUGCUGCAAUGAGUCGAAAUUUUCACAGUGUGAAAUAACCAAGAGUUACCAAUCCGGAUGUGCCUCUGAGUUGAAAAAUUUCCUAGUCAAUGCUGGAAAAAUAUUGGGAGGUAUUGCUAUUGGUAUAGCUGCAGUGGAGUUGAUCGGUAUUAUAUUCGCACUGUGUUUGGCACAGUCUAUAAAGAAUUAUGAAAGAAGAGGUUACAGAGUAUAAGAGUGUCGACUAUCUAAGAGUAUUAUAUCCCUGUUUAGUGUUUUUCCUUUUUUUUUUCUAUGUCAUAAACAAAUUAACGAUAAAAUUAUCUAUGGUGAUAAUCUUUCCUUUCAAUGAAUCGAAGUACGAGCAAAUUUUGAUAUUCUUAAUUUUACAAGUUUAUAGAAUUUAAAGAGAAUUAUGAAACUGGAAGUACAUCUGUUUUGUUUUUUCUUUUAUUUUUCUUUUUUCCUUCUUUUUUGUUGCUUGAAAAAUAGUUCUUUCAUAAUAAUAUUUAUUUAUAUUAAAAUAGUAUUUUGUUGCUUGGAAAAUAGUAUUUUCACUUUAGAAAAAAGAAUUUGACAAGGACAAAUUGCGUUAAAAGAAAGUAAAGUAUGUAAGUCGAUAAACGAUAUCUGUGGACUUUUGUAAUGUGAAGGAUAGAGACACGUAACGUACCUAAUUUUAUAUAAAAGCCAAUUAAUUCAUAAGAAAUGUUUAUUAUCGUUAUUCCUUCGUUAACGGACAGCGGAAAUAGAAAUAUAUGUAUAUUUACGUAUAAUAUAAAAAAAUUUAUAUAGAGAUUUAGUAUUAUCUUAUUCUACAAUGAACAUUUGAUCUAUGAUUUGUUGAGCAAACUAUACUGUACGCACAAAAAUAAAAAAAUAAAAAUAAUCUUUCAUCGGAA